UCCUAUCAGGCAGAGGACAAAGCCUAGGUCUUGGGACAGGACCAAGGAGCUGGAGACGCAUAGGGGUGCUUCUGAGUCCUGAGAGCUGGAGUUGAAAAGUGUAAACAGCCGCUAGCAUUAAAGGCCUUGCAGGGAGUUGAGGGUCCCUAGGCAGGAACUGCACAGGAUGCUCUGGGGUGGGAUGAACGGGAGGGGCGCCGGUUGUGUGCCCCUAGGGCUGAGUGUGUGCCCCAGGGUAAUGGUCUGGGAGGGGCGGAGUUACAGGCUAGGAGGGGCGGGGCUUCUCCGCACCAGCUCAGGCCUUUUGGGUUCUGUCUCCUAAACGGUUGGUUGUCUUUAGGAAGCUCGGGGUGUGGGAGGAUCUGUGUUCCCUGCGUCCCUUCCUGCCAGUAUCCUUCCGGUGAGCGUUGAGCUCCGAUGCUACGGUGGUGGGUGUCACGAGCUGGAUCAGGUGCCGAGGAGCUGCGAUUGGGGAGACCAAAAUGCUGCUCGCUUCACCUUGGAAUCCUUCCCCUCAUAGUGCUUGCCUUGGUCUUCUUUGGGUACGUGGUGUUCCUGAAGCUGUUCCUGGAGACUGCAGAGCAGCACUUCAUGGUGGGACACAAGGUCAUCUACUAUGUUUUCACUGACCGUCCAGCUGAUGUGCCGCAGGUGCCCCUGGGAGCCGGACGGAAGCUGGUGGUGCUAACCGUGCGCAACUACAGCCGCUGGCAGGAUGUGUCCAUGCACAGGAUGGAAAUGAUCAGCCGCUUCUCAGAGCAGCGCUUUCUGCAUGAGGUGGAUUACCUGGUGUGCGCAGAUGUGGACAUGAAGUUCAGUGACCACGUGGGUGUGGAGAUUCUCUCAGCACUCUUUGGUACCCUGCACCCUGGCUUCUACAGAGCCAGCCGAGAGGCCUUUACCUAUGAGCGCAGGCCAAAGUCCCAGGCCUACAUCCCCUGGGAUGAGGGUGACUUUUACUACAUGGGGGCCUUCUUUGGGGGGUCAGUGGUGGAGGUGUACCAUCUCACCAAGGCCUGUCAUCAGGCUAUGAUGGAGGACAAGGCCAAUGGCAUCGAGGCUGUGUGGCAUGAUGAGAGCCAUCUGAACAAGUACCUGCUACACCACAAGCCAACAAAGGUGCUGUCCCCAGAGUACAUGUGGGACCAGCAGCUGCUGGGCUGGCCCUCCAUCAUGAAGAAGCUGAGAUACGUGGCUGUACCCAAGAACCAUCAGGCAAUCAGGAACCGAUAGCUGAGUUCCUAUGGAAAGGCCAGACCUAUAUCCAGGGGCACUCCAGGAACUGGAAGGAUUUGAGAGACAUUACUGAAGGGUCUCCCUCUACCCCACCUGAGACUCCAGCAGCCCUGGUACCAGCCACUUGGUUUACCACACGCUGAGCCCCCAGAGUGACGGCCACCUUCAGCUCCCACUGUGUCCCUGUGCUCCUAUUCAGUGAGAUGGUAGCAGGAGACUCCAGAACACGGGAGAAACUCAACUCUGUCAUGCAGUUACCUGAGGGCCUGGGUAUCCUCACUCAGCUUGUCCCUUCCUCUGCUAGGAGGCUUGAUAGAUGGCAGUGUUAAGUAUUAGAUUUCUGGUUGUUGGGUUCCUCCACCACUGAUGCAAUAAGCCAAAUCAAACCAUAUUGGUAAACUCAGGUCUAAUGAAUAGAGCAAAACAACUUCUGGGUGACCGUUGGGGAGGCAGGGGAGGAGUAACAUGACAAACAUGGCUACCAGGUCUUAUAUAGCCUGUAGGCAGAGUUUUGAGCAGCCCCACGGAGGGUCUGACUUUUAGCUGGUUUUCUCAGGGGUGGGGUUUGGAAUGGGGAGGAGUGAUACUAGUGUGUCAAAUGAGGCCCCUAACUGGAGUUUCCCAACACCCCAACCUUUUGGGGUAUAUAUAUGGAUAGCAGUAGGGCUUCUACCUAAACAGCCAGUGCCCUUAGGAUUGGGCAGGAGGGCAGGGAGACUCAGCCUGGAGGCCUCAGAGGUGCUUAGCGCCUGUCAGCCCAGCUGGCCGAUCAGCACCCUGUGACCAUCGCCUCUGCUCAUUUUUGAUUUGUGAAUAGCUAGUUAUGCAACCUGGGAAUAAGUGUAUUUCUAGGUGCUAUAGGAAGUUUUUAAUUUUCUUUUUAAAAUUUUUUAUUAAUUUUAUUUUUAAAAAAUUCUUUAAAGGUCUUGAGUGCUCAUGCCUACUUGCCAGGAGAGGGCAUUAGAUCCCAUUAUAGAUGGUUAUGAGCCCCCAUGUGGUUGCGGGGAACUGAGCUCAGGAUCUCUGGAAGGGCAGUCAGUGUUCUUAACCUAACCACUGAGCCAUCUCUCCAGCCCUCUUUUUCUUUUUUUGAGGUAGUUGGGAGUGAACCCAGGGCCUCCUCGAUGCUGGUCAGGACUGAAGUCCAGGCUGUCUCCUAGAGACACAUGACUGAACUUGCUGCGUGUUAGGUUCACUACUUUAUUUUAAUACUCUAGCUUUCAUUUGAAAUGUCCAAAAUAAAGAGAUUGUUACUUUGCUUUUCCUUUUA